AUCGCAUUUCACCCUAAAUAAGCGAUCGAAACGAAUCCUAUAUACAUUCAACUGUGAUGUUCUCACGUGACGAUGAAGUUCCAGUUCAUCGACAAUGACUCCACCCAGAAGCCUGGUGCUCGCAAGACGAUACGAAGUCAUGUUAUGAAGGGCAAGAAUCUUGGUCGUACAAUACAAGGUCGUGGGAAGAGGCAUGCUGCACCUCAAUUGAAUGACUUGUACAAGGGUCUAGACCAAUCGAAGAAAGAUUUUGCCAAGAGCCUCGACGGUGCUGUCGAUAACGAUGGCAAUGCCUUAUUGUUCCCAGAAAUCGCAGACUCAGACACAGACAGAGACACAGACACAGACACUACAUACUCUAUCAACAAUCCAUACUCGGGAAAAGAGUAUACGUAUUUCUCAUUCCCGGUUCAGUUCACUCCGUCCAUGCGAUACUAUGUCUACGAAUCUCCAGGCCUGCACUGUCUUCUCGCCAUGGCAGCGACGUAUCUCAACGUCCUACGGAACAUCCCAACCCCCAGUCUCGAAAGCAUCGAAGCAACUCGUCACUUCUCCCAAGCCCUUCGUCUCAUGAACCCUCGACUCUCUCAGCCAGCCUCUGCUCAGAAAGACUCCAACAUUGCUAUAAUAAUCUCACUCGCAAUCCACUCAAACAUAACUCAAAACCUCACCGCCAGCACCAUGCAUCUUCAAGGCCUUGAGAACCUCCUCACUUUCCGGCCCGGCGGCAUCUCCGACAUACGCGAGUGCAACCGCGCACUACUCCACAAGAUCUGCCGCACCGACAUCGAACUCGCGGUUGCGCAGGGCACACGCACACGCUUCGGUAACGCGGGACUCACAGCAGCAGCGGCAGGGCCGAUAUCUGCUCGGAAUCCCCCAUAUCCGUUGAACCAGAUGAGUGAAUUGUUGCGGCAGGUCACACGUGAACUGCUGGCGCUGUGCCGAAGACCCGGGAAGGCAAAGAUGUCGGGUCUGCAGUACCAGGAUGUGCUUAUCUCGAUGUGGCAGAGACUGGUCGACUUUGCACCGCUGAGUGGCGCGAGGCCACAAGAUCUGAUGGAUGAUGUGUGGCAGCUGGCCUUGUUAGCGUUCUUGGUUACCGUCACAUGGUCUGCAAGUUAUCUUAAGAGUGUACACUUGUUUGUGUAUGGGCUUUCGUUGACGAAUGGGGAUUGCGGUACACUUGUCUUGGAUGAAAUUCGCGAGGCCUCAAACCUAUUGGAGAUAAGGAACUGGGAGGAGGCGAGGGCUAAAGUGAAGCCGUUUCCGUGGAUCGGUAUUGUCCAUAAUGUUCCUGGAAGGGCUUUAUGGGAAGCAGCUGUGGUCACUGUUCCGCCUCAACCUUCUACUAAAGGGCUGGGGAUGAUCGAGCCUCGCAUUGAUAGUUGUUGCCCCAAGCCUCAAAGACGUCCAAGACGCCCGGCCGCGUUUCAUGUACCAUUUCAACGAGGAAACGAGAUGCUGACUCACCCUAACAUGAAUCUCAAAUGUCAGAUAUCCCGUCGCAUCGCGCGAAACGACCCAAAGGAACUGGCAAACUCGAGUGUUAUCCCCACGAGAUAUGCCACCAUCAAGGACCUCUCUUUCACGAAGCUCCCUAUCGACGCCAUACAUAAGCUCGCGAUAUUUGCCGAAAAUGAAAUGGAAAACAGAUUGAAACGAGCGCAAGCACCAUCGUGGCUCCUUAUACCCAUCAAGGAUCGAAGGAGUAGUAACUGUUUUGCGGUCGCGGAAAUGUGGCAGACUCAUUAG